CCAUUAACAAAGUUCAAAGAAGAGGAUCGGGCUUGAUGGAUAAGCUCUCUAGUGUUCCCAUGCCGCCGCCGCCUCCUCCGCCUUCAAUUCCUUCUAAUGGUUCUUCUACUUCUAAGAGGAAUUCUGGAUUCAUUCCUAGCAGGAAUCUCGAAGAGCGAUCUGGUGCGGUAAAUGGAUUGCCUUCACGAAACUGUACAAGUGGUAAUACUUCGAGGGCGGUUUCUAGAUCUACAGCGACAGCAGGGAAAUGGUCUUCCCCUUCUCCGGAUAAAAUUGAUAAGAAGAUUACAUCUUCAGGGUCAAGAAAAGAUGAGAAGCUGAAUGGAUCAUCCACUCGACAUGAUCUCAACAAUCAUGUUGAUUCUGCACCAGUUCAGUCCGAACAAGAGGUUGGAGGAGUAGGAGCAGUGGUAGAAAAGGUGAAUGUUGAAGUGAUUGAAUGGCCAAAGAUUUUUGUUUCCUUGUCUAGGAAGGAGAAAGAAGAUGAUUUUCUAGCAAUGAAAGGCACAAAGCUACCUCAUAGACCAAAGAAAAGGGCCAAGAAUAUUGAUAGAGCUCUUCAGUAUGUUUUCCAGGGAUGUGGCUUCGGACUUGACUAAGAGUCGCUAUGAGGUUAGAGAAAAGAAGAAUGUUAAGAAGGUAAAGAUCUUUAAUCCGCCUUUAAUUGCCAUUCUCUUUUGGGUUAUGUGCGGAGAACUUCCCGUUCUCUGCAACAACAAUAUGCAUCCAGCCAAUCAUCAAGCACGCAAAGUCAUGUCUGCUGAUAUGGCAAUGUGAUUGGCUGGGCGGUCGCAUGUGGGGAAUGUUUUCUCCUUAUGUUAGUAGUAGUGGCACCACAACUACUUGACUUUAUGGCAAGAAAACACAUCUUGCUUGCUUGACUGAACAUUUCACCUUCUGGAUGGUCCUACUUCCACCUAAUGACUCUUUUCUUAAUAUUGUUUAUGAAAAUAUUAUUAUAUCUAUCA